AUGUAUGAGAGGAAGUUUGAGGAACUGUAUAGGUACGCACCACACAUGGUGAGUACAGAGGAGAUGAAAGCUCGACAGUCCGAGCAAGGCUUAAGGGUGGAGAUCCAGAAGAGUAUUUCUCCUAUGCAACUGAAGACAUAUGCUGAAGUAGUCCACAAAUCUCAAAUUUAUGAGGCUUUGGAGAAGAAUGCAACAAAGGAUGAAGAAGUUGAACCAAAGAAAAAGUUCAAGAAGAGUUUUGCUACCCAUACAGCAAACAAGGACAAUUGGAAGAGAUUCCAUAAGAAAAAGCCCCAAGGAAAUGUUGACUGCAAGAAGUGUGGUAAGAACCACAAGGGCGAUUGUUUGGGGGGGACGUUCAUUUGCUUCAAGUGUAAGGAACCUGGACAUCUUGCAAGGAAUUCUCCAACUCUGAAGGAGCAGCCAGAGCGAAACCCCCAAGGAGGGCAAGCCAAUCAAAAGGCCCAGAACAGAAAGGACACUCAGGGAAACCAGAAGCCAAGAGCCCCUGGUAGGGUUUUUACAAUGACUAAGAAGGAUACAGAGGCGUCUCCCUCUAUUGUGGUAGGUAUGCUGAAAAUCUCUGGAAUACCUGCUUAUGUCCUAUUUGAUUUGGGAUCCACUCAUACUUUUGUAUCAAGUACCUUUGCUACUAGAUUGAAUGUUAUGCCAAAAGUUUUGAAUUACCAGUUGUGUUUGUCUACACCUUCUAGAGGAAUGAUAGAAACAGAAUUAUUUUGUGAAGCAUGUGAUGUAGAGAUUAUGGAGAGAAAAUUGACUGUAGACUUAAUUCUAUUAGAAAUGAAGGAUUUUGAUGUUAUACUUGCAAUGGAUUGGCUAGCAGCGUAUUAUACUAGUGUUCUUUGUUUUGAAAAGAGAGUAGUCAUAAGACCUGUGAAGGAACCAAAGUUUGAAUUUUCUGGGAUGAUGAUAGGAACUCCGCCAUCGGUGAUAAUUUCGGUGAUGCAAGCCCGAAAGUUGCUAAGGCAGGGAUGCCAAGGAUUUUUAGCUUCAGUUGUUGACACUGAAGUGAAGGGAUCAGUUUUAACUGAUGUACCUAUUAUGAGGGAUUUUUUUCCGGGACGUGUUUUCGGAGGAUUUGGUAGAAUUGACACCCGAAAGAGAUAUGGAAUUUGA